UGUAGUUCCUGAGAGGCUAGGCUCUGGGCACACUGUCCCAAGCCAAUAGGUCACAGGCGCAGCUGCCACUGGGAAAGCUCUUACCCUGCCGUGUAGUUACCAGACUGAAGAGUAAACUACAUAACGGGCAUAGGCUAGUUAGCUAAUCAGGUGCUAAGUCAGCUCGGCACGCAGCAUUGUACCUUAUUCCUGUGGGGCGGUGUUAUAAUGGUUGUAUCGUUAACACUGGCAACAGUUAAAGGAAGUAACGUUAGCAGGUCGUUGUUUGUAGUGUUUUUAAUUAGCUAGGUCUAGCUAACGCGGAAGGCACCCCCACAGAGUAAUCAAUGGUUAGCAUAACAUAACGGACAUAACACUCUUUUCUCAUUUACAAAGGGCAUUUCUUCCUGAGUAAAGAUGUCUAAACGGCUGCGGAACACCGAGCUCUGCGCUGAUUGCAGUGUUCCAGAACCUCGCUGGGCCUCGGUGAACAGGGGCGUGUUGAUUUGCGAUGAGUGCUGCAGCGUUCAUCGGAGCUUGGGCAGACACAGCUCCCAAGUCCGCCACAUGACGCACACACCAUGGCCUCCUACGCAGCUACAGAUGGUUCAGACGUUAUACAGCAAUGGUGCAAAUUCAAUAUGGGAGCACUCCCUUCUGGACCCUGCAUCUGUGAUGAGUGGAAAACGCAAGGCCAACCCUCAGGACAAACUGCACCCAAACAAAUCAGAGUUUAUAAAAGCCAAAUAUCAAAUGCUGGCAUUCGUGCAUCGCAUGCCUUGCCGGGAGGACGACAGCUCGACAGCCAAGGACUUAAGCAAGCAACUUCACUCAAGUGUACGCACCGGGAAUCUCGAAACGUGUUUGAGGUUGCUAUCCCUGGGAGCACAAGCAAAUUUUUUUCACCCCGAAAAAGGGAACACUCCCUUGCAUGUAGCUGCAAAGGCAGGACAAGUAUCUCAGGCUGAACUGUUGACUGUUUAUGGGGCAGAUCCUGGAGCCCCUGACAGCAAUGGCAAAACUCCCAUUGACUAUGCAAGGGAAGCCGGCCACCAUGACCUGGCAGAUAGAUUGGUGGAGAUUCAGUAUGAACUAACAGAUCGACUGGCGUUCUACCUGUGUGGGAGAAAACCAGAUCAUAAAAACGGCCAGCACUUCAUUGUUCCACAAAUGGCCGACAGCAGCUUAGAUUUAUCAGAACUGGCCAAGGCAGCAAAGAAGAAACUGCAGUCGCUCAGUAAUCAUUUAUUUGAGGAACUGGCCAUGGACGUGUAUGAUGAGGUGGACAGACGAGAGACUGAUGCAGUGUGGCUAGCUACACAGAAUCACAGCACCCUGGUGACAGAGACAACCGUGGUGCCUUUCCUUCCUGUGAAUCCAGAGUAUUCAUCAACACGAAACCAGGGACGGCAGAAGCUCGCAAGAUUUAAUGCACAUGAAUUUGCAACUCUUGUGAUUGACAUAUUAAGUGAUGCCAAGCGCAGACAACAGGGGAAUUCAAUAGCCAGUCCCAAAGACAACGUUGAGUUUAUCCUGAAGAGUGUGGCUGUCAGGCAUUGUAGUGAUAGCCAGGACAAUGACCAGCCUGACUACGACAGUGUGGCGUCCGAUGAGGACACGGAUCAAGAGCUUCCCUCGAGCAAAGGCGAUAGGACCAAGAGCCUGGACUCUGACGUCUCAGAUGGCCCAAUCACCAUGCACGAGUACUUGGAGGUGAAAAACGCGCUCUCUGCCUCUGAAGCCAAGAUCCAGCACCUCAUGAAAGCAAACAACAACCUGAGCGAUGAGCUGAGGCUGAUGCAGAAAAAGCUGCACUCUCUGCAAAGCGAGAACACCUCUCUCAGGCGGCAGGUCACAACCAAUAUCUAUCAGAUCCCCAGCGGUUCAGACUACCCCGACCCCUCCAGCCCCUCAGCUCUGAAACGCCGGCAGUCUGCGCGGGCCAGUCGGCCCAUGUCUAUGUAUGAGACGGGCUCAGGCCUGAAGCCCUAUCUCUCUAAAGGGGAAACCCCCUACCCAGAGGAGGCUAUCCCCACCCUGCAACCCUUCCCACCUCAUACGGAAAGGGGCGCUUUUGUGACCACCUCUUCAUCCCUCCCCUCAUUUCCAUCCACCCUGUCUUGGUCGAAGGACGAAAGUGCUCAAAAGGCCUCGAAGUUAGAGAAGCAAAGCAGCAUGCCGGAAAGUGACUAUGACAACACAUUCAAUGACUCUGAGAUCGAUGAUUCGGGUUUGUGCAGGAGAGUGAGGCUGAGGAGCAGUGGCUGGCUGGGGGAGGGCAGCUCCAUCCCUGAGCUGGAUGAUCUUGAGACGGAGUCAGACCCCACGCUUCCCAGCACAGAGGACGUCAUCCGCAAAACCGAGCAGAUCACCAAGAAUAUCCAAGAGCUGCUGCGAGCUGCUCAGGAGAACAAACAUGACAGACCGUGUGAGCGUGAAGGUGUGCGUCGGCUCAGGCACAGUCUUGGAUGUUUCAGCACUCUGGUGCCCUGGGCCGAGAAGGCCCCCACUCCCCUUCAGCCGCUCAGCCUCCGGUCCCCUGACCCCACCUCCUGCUUCAUACCCUGCUCAGAAAGAAUACAUGUGGCUGUAACAGAAAUGGCUGCCCUCUUUCCUAAGAAGCCACGCUCAGAGACUGUGAGAGGCUCUCUGCGCUUGUUGACUUCCAGUGCGUACCGGCUUCAAAGCGAGUGCAGGAAGGCGGUGCCUUCAGAGGGCUGCCCAGGACCGGACAUGCAGCUGGUCACCCAGCAGGUCAUCCAAUGUGCUUAUGACAUUGCCAAGGCAGCCAAGCAGCUUGUCACCAUCACCACAAAGGAGAAUACCAACUAACAGCACUUACGGGGCUGCAAAGCCCUCAGCAUCUCAGAUUUGUUCUUAUAUAUAUUUUUAAUGACUUUGUUGUUUUGUAUUUGUAUUUGUGGUAUAUGCAUGCAUUGCUUUUUUUUAAUUUAUGAAUAAAUACUGACAAUAUUUAAAGACAACUCUGAGUGUUAAGGGGAAAAGUCAGCAACUUUUCUUAGGGAUACCCAGCUGUUGUAAUAGCACAAUAUCUCUUGAGCUAAAAUAAUAACUUCCACAAAUCAUGUUUAGACAAGAUGUAGCAGCUAGCAGGCCUGGGAAAUGUAAUGGUUUCUAGAUAACAAUUAGAGUAAAACUCACUCUUAGUUACUAAUAAUCUUGAAUCAGUACAUAAUGUGAAGUCUGGAGAGAAGAAAUUAAGCACAGUAGUAAAUCCACAUGAUGAUAUUGGUUAAAGUUAUCAGUCCAAAGCCAGACAUGGAUGCUGAAAAGCCAUAAAUGAAUGAUGAAUCCACUGUCAACGAAUGCUAUCGCUAACACUCUUAUAGGUUGAGCUUCCUCUAAUUAAUUACACUGUGCAAGCGUCAUCGUACUGUAAAGUUUAAUCUUCAAAAACAAACUGCCCAUUUAGUUAAAUUCCAUUAAAUGUUGGGAACUUCAUGCACACUUUGCAAUGCUAAUGUUUGUUGCAUCAAAAAGCUAUUUAUAUGAUUUGUCCCCUGUCCAAGUGUAAUCCAGUCUGCAGUGCACUUAUUGCAGCUAUUUGUGUAUGUCUAUUUGUCAAGUCAGUGGAAUGCAAAUAACACUUGUCCAGGGGCCAAGUUAUAUUCUUCACCAGCACUAAGAUGUUGUAUGAUUAGGUGUGCUUCUAACAGGCUCCACACUACAUUGUAUUCUGCGGUCUUGUGUGCCACUGCAGUGUUGGUGAUGUUCUUCAGAGCUAAUAGCAAUACGUAUGUCCAUGUGUUUUGCGCUCUGUUCUGUUGCUGCUAGUUUUGUAUUUAAUGUGCAACAUAUGGGAUAGAACUCUAGACGUCUCCUGUAUAAAUGUGCAACCCAACCUUCAUCCUCACCAAGUGUUUCAGAGUUCAUUGUCAAUUUGAAAUCUGAUCAAGGUAACGUCCCUCUCUGUACGUGAAUGGAGUGCAGGGGUGCAUGCGAUGCAGCUGUUCAGGUGCACUUUGGAAAAAUAAUUAUUUUCUAAAUAAACUUAAUUUAUAACUUUAA